AUGGAUCAAAAGGAGACGGAGGAGCAGCGCCAAAUGCGGCGUGUCGCGUUCUUCGCUGUCGUCAUCUCCACCGCAGCUGUGAUCGCCAGUGUCGUGACCUUGCCGAUGCUCUACAGCUAUGUGCAGUCAUUCCAAAGUCAUCUCAUCGUAGAAACUGAGUACUGCAAGACCAGAGCGCGCGACAUGUGGGUGGAGAUGCAGGUCCUGCAUAAGUCGGGUGUACCCCGAUCAAAGAGAGAGGCCACUGGAACUUGGUUGUUUGGACAGUUUGUACCCGAUGGAGGCUCUGGCGGAGGCGGCCAGUAUGUCGGUGCACCCCUCGGCGGUGGUGGAGGAGGUGGCGGAGGAGGUGGGGGAGGUGGUGGCGUCCAUGGCGGAGGAGGGGGCGGUAGCGCUUAUGGCAGCGGCGCUGCUGGAUCUGUUUCCGCUGACAGCAUUGGACCAACAUGCUGUCCUUGCCAACAAGGACCGGCUGGACCACCAGGUCCACCUGGAGACGAGGGACCAGCUGGAAAUGACGGACAACAUGGCAUGCAAGGAGCACCAGGCAAAGAAGGUUCUGUGCUCACUUCGGCUCUGCCACCAGCCGAGCCAUGCAUCAUCUGCCCACCAGGAAAUCAAGGAGCCGUAGGAAUGCAAGGACCUAAGGGUCCACCCGGACCCAAGGGCAAAUCACUAGAGCGCGCUCCUGAUGGCACUCCCGGUCAGCCAGGAUUGGCUGGACCUCCCGGACCACCAGGAAUUGUUGGAGAACCGGGACCACCAGGACCACCUGGACAGCCAGGUCGUGUCGUCCAAGUAAACGGACCCGCAGGACCUUCUGGACCAGACGGACCAAAGGGACCACCAGGAGAGAGAGGACCCGCAGGACCUGACGGAACUAGCGAACAAGGUGAACCAGGACCUCCUGGUGACCAGGGAGCACCAGGAGCCACCGGAGGACCAGGAGAACAAGGACCGCCCGGACCUCCUGGACCACCUGGAGAGGAAGGCUCAUGUGAGCACUGCCCCGAGCCACGCACACCACCUGGUUACUAA